ACUCAAAGUCAAAAAAAAAAAAUCAAGGUUGCAGCAGCUCCCUCCUUUAGAUUGUUUUGCCUGCACCUGCUGUAUGUGACUGGCUGGAGCAGAAGGCAGCAGCAGCAGCAGCAGCAGCAGCAUUCGUAACACCUCCAGUGAGAAUAGUAGUAAAAGGAGGAAAUGAGCAAAGCGUCUCCCGUGUGGAAGCCUGUAUUCUUCAGCAGAUCCCGAGGACCUUUCGGCCAACGCCGCUGCAUCUGAUGCCUCUCUCCCACAAGAGCUUCUGGUAGUUUGAAGGUAACAAAACAACUGGGAAGCCCACAAGAACAUCAGAAGGGGAGGCGGUUACGGAGGAAGGCACUUUGAAAAGAAUCCAUUAUGGACAGAGAGUCUUUCAGGCGAAGGUGCCAUUAUUUUUGUUCCCUGUUUAUAGAGAUAAAAGGAGCCAGCAAGGAGUAUCUUGGAGAAUUCUUCAGGGGCCCUUCUGUCAUUGUUCUCUCUUCCCCCAUGCACAUUACGAUGUGCUGACCUUUUCCAGUGGAAUUUGAGCCCCCUGCCACUCUACCCCCAGUUCCAGCUGACAGGAAGAGCUCUCCCUCCUCACCCCCACCAGCACAUACCCCUCUUCCACAGACACUUCCAUUUGAACAGAAGAUGCAUCUUUUGGCUGAAAUUCUUUUGUUGUGACAUUGCAUUGUAGCUAGUUGUCUCACCACAGGAAAUAAAAGGAAAAAAAGAAAAGGAAAUAAAAAGACAAAAGGAAAUUCUUCCCAAAGCAGAAUUGAAACAGGGAAGGAAACAAAAAAAAAAAAACACUACGGAGAUCUAGAAGAUCACAAACCUCCAACUUUAGAUGAAAAUGCACCAUUAAAACCCCCCAAUAAAUCAAUAAGAAUGAACAGUCACAGUCUUUCCUCUGGAUGCAGCUUCUAAAGGAGAGCUUUGGCUUGAUACUGGGACUCUGGCCUGCAUGAUGCCUGAAGAUAGAAAUGAUGGGGUCCGCACCUCAGGGGCCUUAGCAUCGGCUCCUUUCAUUCCUAAAACUACCUAUAGGAGAAUUAAACGGUGCUUUAGUUUUCGCAAAGGUAUCUUUGGACAGAAGCUGGAAGACACAGUCCGGUACGAGAAGAGAUAUGGGCACCGUCUGGCUCCCAUGUUGGUGGAGCAGUGUGUGGAUUUUAUCCGACUGCGGGGGCUGAAGGAGGAAGGGCUCUUUCGACUUCCGGGCCAGGCUAACCUUGUCAAAGAGUUACAAGAUGCAUUUGACUGUGGAGAGAAGCCAUCGUUUGACAGCAGUACGGAUGUGCACACGGUGGCAUCGCUUCUCAAACUGUAUCUAAGAGAACUCCCAGAACCUGUUAUCCCCUAUGCAAAAUAUGAGGAUUUUCUUUCCUGCGCCAAAUUGCUCAGCAAGGAAGAGGAAACGGGGGUGAAGGAAUUAGUGAAACAAGUAAAGAGUCUGCCACCCGUCAAUUACAAUCUGCUGAAAUAUAUCUGUAGAUUCCUGGAUGAAGUCCAGUCCUAUGCGGGUGUAAACAAAAUGAGCGUGCAAAACCUGGCUACUGUAUUUGGUCCCAACAUCCUGCGCCCAAAAGUGGAAGAUCCUCUGACCAUCAUGGAGGGCACGGCAGUAGUCCAGCAGCUGAUGUCAGUGAUGAUAAGUAAACAUGAACAGCUAUUUCCCAAGGACACAGACUUUCAGACAGGGGAGGAGGUGUGCAAUAACAACAAUGAGAUCCAGAAGAAAAUGGUCAUUGGUCAGCUCCAGAAUAAAGAGACCAAUAACAACAAGGAGAUAGCCGUGAGAAGCUGUUCUUGGGACACACCUGAGCCUCUCCAGAGGGGCAGCAUGGACAAUGGGUCUCCCACCGUGCUGCCAGGGAGCAAGUCAAACAGUCCAAGGAACAGCAUUCACAAAUCUGAUGUCACAAGAAGCCCACCUCUCAUGGUGAAAAAAAACCCAGCCUUUAAUAAAGGCAGUGGCAUAGUCACGAAUGGGUCCUUCAGCAGCUCUGUGGAGGGCCAUGAGAAAACCCAGGCCCUACCAAAUGGUACCCUGCAGGCCAGGAGAACAUCAUCCCUGAAAGGUUCAGUUACUAAAAUGGGCACACAUAGCAUGCAGAAUGGAGGCGUGCGAAUGGGCAUUUCAAGCACGGAUGCACACAGCAACUCCCUUAACAGCCGAAACCUGAGCUGGAUGCCCAAUGGGUACGUCACGUUGAGGGACAGUAAACAAAAGGAAUUGGUGAGUGAUUCGGGCCAGCAUAACAGACUCUCCACCUAUGACAAUGUCCACCAGCAGUUCUCCAUGGUGAAUUCAGAUGAUAAACAGAGCGUAGAUAGCGCCACCUGGUCCACAUCCUCUUGUGAAAUAUCCCUACCCGAACACUCCAACUCCUGUCGGUCGUCUACUACUACCUGCCCUGAGCAAGACUUUUAUGGGGGUCAUUUUGAAGACUCGGUGCUAGAUGGGCCACCACAUGAAGACUUCUCCAACCAAGGAGACUAUGAGAGUAAAACUGACCGAAGAAGCACGGGAGGACGCAGCAGCCGGGCCACCAGCAGCAGCGAUAACAGUGAAACAUUUGUUGCAAACAACACGAGCAACCACAGUGCUCUGCACAGCCUAGUGUCCAGCUUAAAGCAGGAGAUGGCAAAACAGAAGGUGGAGUAUGAAACAAGGAUAAAGAGCUUGGAACAGAGAAACCUCACCCUUGAGGCAGAAAUGAUGACCCUGCACGAUGAGCUGGACCAGGAAAGAAAGAAGUUUACAAUGGUAGAAAUCAAAAUGCGCAAUGCAGAGCGGGCCAAAGAGGAUGCAGAGAAGAGGAACGACAUGCUGCAAAAAGAGAUGGAGCAGUUUUUCUCAACAUUUGGAGAACUAACAGUGGAGCCUCGCAGGCCGGAGAGAGGCAACACCAUAUGGAUUCAGUGAGCAUUCUAAGCUGAGACUGUGGGAUUCUGGGAAGGGAUGUUGGGGUAUUAUACUGUUUCAGGUGGCUGGUCACCUAACUGAGGCAAGCACUCAACAAAGAGUUGUAAACCAUUGAAGGAGGAAAAACCUACAGACAUUAACCACCCAUACUGCAGUGUGUACUUAUCUAGUUAUCGUACUUUUUGAAUGCUUCAUAAUGCUAGUAUCAAGUGUUACAACUGAAUGUGUAUAUAGAUUUUAAAAAAAGUCAUCUUAAGGAGAGCGCGAGAGACGUAUCUCACAAAAUAUUUUAAUGCAAGUCUUGUAUUUAAACUGGUAAAUUGAAAUGUUGUUGCAAUCAAGCUUUAUAUCAAGGCUUUUCUCCCUUGCACUUAACAUAAUAAGCUAUUUUUGGCAUUGUGUUACCAUCAGCUUAUUUUGUAUAUCAAUUUUUUUUGUUACCCUUCUUGUGUGGGGGGGGGGAGACUAAAGAUAAACAAAUAUAUAGAUAAUGUUAGUUAUUAAAACAAGAGGCUAAUGUGUGGCUGUGCUGUUUGUGCCAAUGGACUUGCCCAUGACCAAAAAGAAAAGUGUAAAUAAUUUUAUAAAAAUAUACCAUUAA